UCACUCGAAUUUCGUAAACAGCGUUUAGGAACAGUCUGAAAAAUAGGCCCGAUUAUCAUGUUUUAAAGACUUUAGACUCAUAAAAUGGUGCGUUUACGAAAAGGAAAACACAAAACGUGGCGAAAAGGCCAAAGCUGCGAGUCAAAUCCGGCAACGAGAAAGUACAGAACGGCAGCAAAGAGAGGAAGCAUCACAGGUCGUUCAACUCAGAAUUCUAAUUUAACUGUUGAAGCUCUCGCUAAACAUGAAGAAAGACACGAUGACGAUGGCGACGUGGAGCUUAAAGAGGACGAAGGAUUCAGUGUGAAGAGUGGACAAACGUUUGGUGCUUUCAGCAUUAGUGGCUUAACGGACUGUUCCAAUCCUGUGUUUGCUACUGUGAAGAGAUUUUGGGAUUCUCCUUCAUCACAACACAAAGAGGUUUGUGCUGUUUUGGCUGCAGUCACUGAGGUUAUCAAAUCAAAAGGUGGCAAGGAAUCUGAAACAGAGUAUUUUGCUGCCCUGAUGACUGCCUUAGAGUCAGCUGAUGAGAUGGAAGCAAGAGUAGCAAUAACAUUUUUGUUGAGUUUGGUUAUUAAAAGUGUCCCUGAUGCUAUUCUUCAAUCAAAAUUCUCCAAGUCUUGUCAAGUUCUUGUCAAGAUAAUGGCAUCUCAUGCUGCUGAUGGAACCCCAGGACUUCUUAGACCUCUGCUUGCCUGUCUGUGCAGAUUACUCAGUGUUCAGGAAGGGGCUGUUUGGUCAGAAUCAUCAACAAUAACGACCUACAAUGGAGUAUUGAGCUUUAUGGUUCAUAAUAAACCAAAGGUCCGAAAAGCAGCACAGGAGGCAGUUAAAGUACUGUUAGAGAAGCCACCAGGAGAUAUGACACAUCACCCUGCUUGUGGGGCAACAGCUAAAUUCUGUGUUCAACAAAUCGAAGAAAAUGGAGGGUCUUCACAAGGUACAGCCACCACUUUACACAUCAUUGGUAUUCUAAAGGAAAUACUCCCUUGUCUUCCUGUACAGAAUGUGAAGACCAUUUGUGAGUGCCUUUUAAAGCUGAUGACAUUAGGAAAUGUGAUGGUGACAGUGAAUUCUCUUCAAGCCAUUUAUAAGCUGCUCUGUGCAAACCCAGACACCACAACACUGAGCAAGCAGCUUAAUGCUCAGCUAAUCAAUGCUCUAUAUGAUUACCAACCUAGUGUCAAUGACAGCAAUCCAUCACAAGCUUGGAUUUCAACUAUGGAGAAGGCUUAUGUUAACCUCGCGAGAUUAGAUGCUACUCUUUGCUACAACCAUCUGCCAAGAUUUUUUUCUUCGUUGAUGAGUUACUUUCUAUCAGAUCAACGAGUUCUCUCAAAAGCUGCACAGGACACAAUGAGUAUUUUACUUCAAGAGUGUCUUGCUCCAGUUGCUAAAGAAGUCUGUGCAGAGAUCACCAAAUCUUCGGGUGCAAGCGCUACCCCGUUACACAAAAUUAUAAAAUGCAUAGAGUCAGGUCUUCAGUAUCGUUAUCAAGGAUCAUGGUCUGUGAUUUUAGAGGUUGUCAGAGUCUCAUUCGAGGUCCUAGGGAACCAGUGCCCAAAAUUGCUAAGAAAGCUUCUAGUUUCCCUCUGUGACUUGCGGGGCACACAUCAAUUCCCUUAUGUCAACAAGUUGGACCGAGCCGUCGGCAUGGCUAUACAGAAAAUGGGACCAAGGGUUGUUUUAGAAGCUGUGCCUCUUCAACUCGACAAGGAAAUAGGUGGACCUUGCAACUUUCCACGCAGCUGGCUUCUGCCUGUUUUGAAAGAUAACAUCAAAGACACCGAGUUAAAAUACUUCUUUGAAGUUUUGCUGCCACUGUCAGCUGAUCUGAGGGCCAAAGCUACAACUCUCAAGGAAGCAGGGAAACUACUCGAGAGUAAAGUAUAUGACACUUUGCAACUACAGAUAUGGGCUCUUUUACCAGGAUUUUGCACUCGACCGACCGACAUAUGCCUGUCAUUCAAGUCUGUCGCUCGAAUAUUGGGCACGGCCCUUACAGAGAGAGCAGACUUACGUUCAACAGUGUGCCAAGCUUUGAGGCUGCUUAUUUCCAAGGUGUCGGAUGAUGCAAGCAAAAAGGAGUUAUCCCAAUACUCAAAGAACUACCUUCCAAUCCUGUUUAACUUGUACACUGCGGAAGACAAUGAAGGGGAUGCUGAUAAACUGGCAAUACUGGAGACAAUCAGAGUUUACCUGAGCAUAACAGAUCACAAACUCGUGGCCACGUUCUUCUCCAAGGGUCUUGAAAAGUUAACCGACGGUAAAAGCAACGGAAAAUCACGACAUUUGAUGAUGGACUUAGUUAUCGCGAUGGUGCCCUAUGUGGAUGGGCAAAAUAUAAAGAAGCUCUAUGAUUUGGCGUCGCCAUGGUUACAGGCCACAGAUAUUACGCAGCAGAAGAAGGCUUAUCGCGUAUUGGAACAGAUUUGUGGCGCUGAAUCUGAGAGCAGCCAAGAGUUCGUCGUUUCACAUCUUAGCGAACUUCAAGAAAUUCUUUUAAAGACAUUAGCGGCGUCAAGUUCAGCUUCUAAAACUCCCCGUUUGCGCUGCCUUGCUCAUAUAAUUAAAAAGGUGGAAGACCCUGCAGAGUUUAUUCAAGCCAUAAUUCCUGAGGUGAUACUUUGUUCCAGAGAAGUUUCUGUUAAAGCUCGCACAUCGGCCUUGACCUUACUGAUUGAAUGCUGCAACGCCAACUUCCGUUCGUCGGGCAAGACAAGACAAGAAUGUUUGAUCUCUUUUCUGGAGUUGGUAGUUGCGGGCAUCGCGGGCUCACCGCACAUGAUAAGUGCCACUAUCAUAUCCCUGUCUAAGGUCGUGUACGAGUUUCGACACGAUGUUCCCAGUGCUUUGCUGGAGAAACUUAUACAAGGUAUUUUAGUUUGUCUGCGAUCCACUGCUAGGGAGGUGAUCAAGUCAUGUCUAGGCUUCUUCAAGGUUAUCAUAUCUGUUAUGAACCAACAGGACUUGCUUCCCUAUCUCCAGGAACUCAUUGGUGGUCUGGUAGCCUGGAACGAUGAUGCCCGUCGGCGCUUUCGCUUCAAUAUCAAAGUUCUGUUCGAACGUCUCCUCAGGAAGUUUGGAUACCAAACAAUCUACAAGUGUACCCCUGAAGAACAUCAAAAAUUAGUUCACAACACUUACAAGACAACUCAGAGACUAAAGAGGCAGAAAAUGGCGGCAAGGAGAGACAGAAAAUCCCACGAGGACAAAGAAGGAUUCGAUCAAGAAUCGCCACAACUUGAAAGUUAUGAAGAUCUUAUGUUUGGAGAAGAUGAAGAGGAGGAGAGACCUGGUAUGAAGAAAAAGAAACAGGCUGCCAAAAAAGGUCAAGCCGGUGAACGUGUGAAAGGUCCAAAAGCCUGGAUCCGAGAGGGAACUGAAGAAGAGCCUGUGGAUUUUCUUGACCCGGGAGUGGUGCAGAGGGUUGUGGCAACGGAUCCAAAAAAGCCUACCAAACGUAAAGCAACAGAUGAUUUCCAGGUUUCUUCCGAUGGAAAGCUCAUCAUCCAAGAUAACGAGGACGAGGAGGAACAACACGAGCCUGGAUCCAAGCGUAAGAGAAAAUCAGGUCCGGAGGACCCCGUGGAGGAUAUGGAAGAGGAUCCAUUCCCAGGGAAAAAGAAGCGGAAAUCUUUUGGUGGUAGUAAUGAAGAUGAUGCGCUCGUUGAAGAGGUUCCUUCGAGACGUGAAAAGAGUGAUAAGGCGUUUGGAGCUGAGUACAAAGCGAAGAAAGCGGGCGGUGAUGUGAAGAAGAAAGGAAAACCAGAUCCGUUCGCUUAUGUGCCUCUCCAAUUAAAUAUGCUCAACAAGAGGAAGCAAAAGAAAAUGACGGGCCAGUUUAAGGGCCUGGUACGAGCUACAAAACGCGGAGCAGCGAACGUCAAGCAAAAGAAAGGAAAAAGAUGACAUAAAAUUCACGCAACGCCAUGAGCCGUCAAAUGCCUGUGGGGGUGGUGGGUGAAUGGGUGAAUCAUCGAACGAGACACAUUUGGGAAAUAUCCAUUUUAUGCUCUUUGCAGCUGAAGAACUAUCCUAGAAAUCUUCCCAAACUCCCCAUUUAUUUAUGAUUUUAACUCGUAAAGUUUUAUGGGAAAUGAACCUCUCAUUUUUGCCGAGUGAAGCAAAAUAGAAGCUUCCUCUACUUUGUGGUAAGGGUCGCGCUGUUUUAUGAACAGGAAUGGUAAGGUACUUACCUGUGAGAAUUGUUUAAUAAGCGCAAUACGAAGGACACGACAAAAAAAGAUGGUGAUAGAAAACGGAGCUGAAAACUGAUUCCUGCCCCCUUCACUAUUUUAGUCGAGAUUAUUUGAAAUAUGUUCACUUUAGUUUGAUUGAACUAAUAAAUCGAAAAACACUUUAGCUA